ACAGUUAUAGAUGUGAUGAAGUGUAAUGGCAAUACAAAUGACCAGUUCAUCUCAAAGUCAGUAUCAUAAUCGAUCAUUGGCCAGUACUCCAGUGAAAACAUACUCUGAUACCUCAUCAAAAGAUAGGCGCCAUGUUCGGUUCUCCAACAGUGGAAUUAUAAACAACCAUCUCCAGACCGACUCCAUUAAACAUCACUUAAACAGUAACCACAAGGGAUCUAGUCUCGGAAAUCGGGAAUCAAAAUCGAACAUAAGUGAUUUGGAAAGCCAAAAUGUAUUUUCGUCAAGCCGCAACGAAUCAUCAAUGAAUAAAAGCAGUAAGCUGGGUUUUGGUAGUGCUUCGCCUGAUAGCGGCGUUGCUUCAGGAGGGUCGGGCUCGAAAUCCGGGUCUGACCCCCCUAGCAAUCAGUCAGAGAGCGGUACUCCUCGCUAUAAGUUCCACUCCACUUACCAUUCGCCAGACAGCGGACUACUUUUGGGUGGCAUCAAUAGGUCAAGUAACAAACAGACAAAAUAUCGCAAUUCUAGUUUUAGCUUUGCUGCGAAAUCAGGUAUUUUGGCUGAUGAAGUAGAAGACCUUUUGGAAGAUGAAAACAUUAAAGAUAAACACACUUUGCCAAAAACUGGAGUACAGAUUCCAAUUUCCAGGAGAGAACAUGGUCUUCAUCAGGAAACUAGGCGAAUAGCAUUCGAGCCGAAACCAAAUCAUCAUUUACCUCAGAAAAAAGAACGUGCUAGUCCAAGGAUUGCCGAAAUCGUAGAAAGUCCAAAGAAAUCAUCCGACCCUGUAAAACUACCUCCAACCAAGCAAAAUGGUCAUCUCGUUCACUCAGACGAUCCCGAGCAGACGAGAAAGAGCAAGAAAACCGAGGAACAUGAUGGAAGACAGCUAGCGGAUCCCAAGAGGAAAAAGAAGACUGAUGAAGACACAACAAGGCCUGCUAAAUCAGCGCCUCCCAAAAGGAAGGAAGACGAUGCCAAAGACACCCCUACCUCCCCACAAGUCGACAAUUAUACGCACAGGACCGAGUCCGACUCCCCUACUAAUGGAAAGAAGAAAUCAACAAAAGAGCAGGCAGAAAAGGUGAGCGAAAAUGAUAAAAAGGGAAGAAAACAAGAAGCUGAGAGUCCGACGAGGUUUUCAAAGAGUCAAACAGAGAAACAGAAAUCCACCCAACAAAGUCAAAAUUCCCAAAAAGCAAGACCUGGGGAUGAAAGGCAGGAAUCUCCAACAAGACAUAGUCCAACCGGGCACGAUAAGAGCCGCCCCGUUACUAAAAAUAACAGAAGUGAGCACAACCCUGCAGCAGACUCGGACGAUAAAGUAUUUUCACCAGUGUCAAAAUAUGAUGAAGUUUUAAUGAAUGAACAGAAAAGAGAAGAGCAACUCAUGAAACUGAGACUACCGAAAAAGACCAGGUAUGGUCCAGUCAGAUCAAAAGGAUUGCAAACCCCUAGGACACCUCGCAGCAAAACGCCUAGGUCUCGAACUCCAGGUAACCAAAAUUUCAUAAAACUUACUGGGUAUUCCCACUCUGAUGUUGGAGAUUAUAGAAGACCUGUACGACGAAAAAGUAUUCUCAAUAACAAGGAUGCAGUAUUGCUGGAAAAUUCCCGACCCAAAUCCUACAAAUGGGAAAGUGAUAAAUCGAUCUACCGGGUGGAAACGAAGGAAUGGGAGGAUCAACGUGACGAAACGACGUGGAGACCGUCGGUGAACAGCCCAACUGAUUGGCUGAAAGUGUACGUUGGUGACAUACAGAUCAGAGAAAAAAGUGCUAAAUCUAGAAGAAGCAGCCCCGAAACCGCGGGUCGAAACGUCCGUCCUGGUGCACCUCAGAGGAACAGCAACGAAUACAUUUUAACCAGGAGGCAGGUGCCCGUGUACAAGAACAUGCAAUCAGCUUAUAACACGAAGUUAGUAAAAGAUAAACAAUCGCGUGAAAAAAGGUUUUUCCAAAAACUGCAAGAAUGUCAAGCGCUUAAAGCAAAAAUGCAAAUAUCAGAACUAGUCGAUCGACAACGGAAACGAGAAAUUACGAAACAGCGUCAACAGGGGCAGUUGAAGGAGUUACGACAACGUUUUGAAGAUGCUGCGUGGGUUAGAUUCAAUACUCAGUAUGUGACGUCACGCAUUCUUGAGCAUGAAAAAAUGAAUCGCUAUGCAUAUGGACUACCAGAAGAAGUUGAUGGAGCACCAGAGUUUGAAUCCAAACUGAAAAGAAAGCCUCCUAAAAUCAAAGUGGAUUUUGGAAAACUAGAAAAGGUUAACAAGAAAAAGUAUGGUUCAAUGUUCAGUAUUUACAAGGGGCCCGAAUGGGACCCAUUGGCCAAAACACCCCCGAUGGAGGGAAUAGACACAGUUGAAAUAGACUACGAAACAGAAGAAGAGUAUACCCAGCACGACGUAGAGGAAAAUGAUGGCGGAAACAAAAGGGUCAAAACAAGGAGGGUGAAGGACGUUAUUCGUGAAGCAGAGAAAGAAGUUGCGGAUUUAAAAGCCAAGGAAACUUCCACGGGGUUUACCCCUAGGGCAUCUGAAUCUAACAACAAAACCACGAAUGGUUUAGACUUGGACAGUGACGAUGAUGACGAUGACAUGUCAGAUAUUUUCGAAAGAGCAAGGAAGAAAUACAACUUGGAGAUAGACGAUGAAACGAUGUCGCGCAGCCGGAAGUGACGUUAUUGAGUAACGUCAUUGAGCAAUCAUGUUCUCAUUUCUUGUUCCUAUCGAUUUCGUUUUUGAAACAAAUGAGUUUCGAUUCAUCCCAUAGUGCUAUUUAGGAUCUCUUUGUUAUUCGAUUCAUUUUAUUUUCUUAGUUAUAUUUAUUAAUGUCUUUCAUAUUUAAUGUACAUUCAUGUUGGGGCACAGCUACCAUUGUUUUCUUGUCAAAUAAAAUCGUAAUCCUU